AAUCGGCUAAAGGGGCAAAGGGCUCUAGAGCGUGCUUUUGUUACGCUUCGGUUCCUCUCGGAGAGGGACAAAACACGCCACUGCCUACUACUGUUUCGUUCUUGCGCCCAUUCGCAUUGGGUCGCAUUCGCUCCAGCUGACACGCAUCGCGAGUAUGUGUGUGGGAGUUUAUGACGCGGCCGUAGAACCAAAUCGCGAGCGCGCGCGUGAGAGCGAGAAUUAUGCUCACUUUCCACAGAAGGGGCCCGAAGUCGGCCACAUCGGCCACCCGAAUGCCGAGGAGCUGCGAGUUGCGUGCGGUACCGUUCAACUUCAUCACAAUUGCUCUGACUUUGCCUGUGGUCGCCCGUGUCUCGGGGACAUUGGAUGUGGCUUCCCGUAUUCGCGUUGGUGGAAGACAGUUUCGCGUUUCGGUUCUAAUUAGCGGGUUCGAUUCACCUAAAAAAGUUCGAUUCGACACAGGAUUCUGAAUGCAAGCGCGUAAAGUGGUAUUUAAAACGGACAAGUGCAAUAUUCUGUAAAAGAAACGACAGUGUGCUAGCGUGGAAAUGUCAAACUGAACUCCGAUCCCGAGUGAGUUAACAACGCCUACUGUGACCUCCGUAAACUCGCGAUGGAUCGGCCGAAUCGCACUCGAAGGCAACGAGUGAUUUUCCGAAGGAUUAUGUGAUGAUGAUGUUGAAGAUGAUGACCAAUGAUUAACCGAUCCUCGAUAUUUGUACCAAGACACAUACAAGUAGUGUGGCGUUAUUAUGUAUGAACAACAAUUGCCGGUGUCGAUCGCUGAUUGGUUUGCUUUCCCAAUGGUGAUGCACGCUACUACUGCCAGCUGCAAAAAGUAUGGAGUGUUGAUUUUAUGGAUCAUUUUUCUGCUGUCGAUCAUUGAAGACUAUGCGCUGGCCAUUAAGCUGACCGAAGUGCGAGUUCCCAAACACGCAAUCCGAGGUCAGGACGUCAAGCUCGAGUGCCACUAUGAUAUGGAAGGUGAAGCCCUGUACUCCGUAAAGUGGUACAAGGAUGGGCGAGAGUUUUAUCGCUACGUGCCACGGGACGAUCCUCCGCAACAGACCUUCCCAGUGGAAGGUAUUACGGUGAAUGUGCAAAACUCUACCAACAGUCACGUGAUGCUGGAGUCCAUCAACUUGUUCUCUAGUGGCAAAUAUCGGUGCGAAGCAUCGGCGGAAGCGCCUUCCUUUCAAACCGUCGCCGAGAACGGCGAAAUGAUGGUGGUCGUGCUACCAGAGUCGGAUCCCUUCAUAUCCGGGGGAAGGCCUCGCUACCAGAUCGGUGAUCAUGUGCGGGUCAAUUGCACUUCGGCACGAUCCAAACCAGCUGUCCAGCUGGCGUGGUACAUCAACAGUGAACUGGCCGAUCCGGCGUACGUUCAACACUAUCCAACAAUAGUUUCUCUCGCUCCGGAUCAUCUAGAGACUUCAAUAUUGGGGUUGGAAUUUCGUAUCAAGCCCAAACAUUUCCGCCGAGGGGACCUGAAGCUAAAGUGCCUCGCUACCAUAUCAACCGUCUACUGGAAAAGCAAUGAGGAAAGCAUGGAAAGCGACAGGCCCCAAAAGGCUCCCAUUCUUGAGUCGCGCAAAUCCGGCCUCUCUACUGCUAGCCGGGCGGAUAGAGUACAAGCAAACAACGGAGUUUCCUCGCAUCAAGUCCCUGCCCAAACCUCUCUGGCAACCAUCAUCAUCCUAAGCGUUUGGUUCACUCUGCUUAACACAGUCCAAAUCUGCUUCAGUGCACGGUAACUGUACUUACAUACCACCCAAAUCAAACCAAACGGUUAAUUGUUUCAGAUGCAGAAACAAUUCACUCUGCGUUCUGUACUCACAAUGGCACAAUGAAUUUGCAGACAGUUGCUGAUACGCAAGAAGCAGUUCAAAGCAGUUCCUUACAGAAUCCCAGGAAGGUGGGUGUUAUCGUUCUUAUGAGUAAAAUUUACAUUUAAAAUCCACUGCCUUGCAUAGCGAGAAACUCUGCCAACACUCUCCCAAUAUCUUGGUCCAUCAUAUUGUACAUAAGCAGCAGCACACACACAAACAUCUACUGCACGUACUUCUUCAGCUUUAAAGUGAAAUCUAUUCCAUUACACCCCCGUGUUAAUGGGUCGAGAGAGGAAAACAAAAAUAUUAUGAAAAACUUGUGUCACACAAGCUCAAAGGUGAGGUGUAUAUUCAGGUUGUAUCGUACCGCAAAGACUUGUCGGAGGUAAGAAUGUCUAGAAGAGUGCUACCGGAAUCGUUUCACGAUCGGAAUGCCAAAUGUAUUUAUGAAAAUCAGUUGAAUGUAAGAAACGCGUAACAAAGAGUAAUGAUAAUAUAGAACAAAACCAACUUUGUCUCAUUUCUCAACAGCACCAGUGAAAGAUGAACUUUCUACUGAUAUAUCACAAUGCUAUCAUUAAAUUACUGUUACAAUAAACAACGCAAAAUCCAAACAAAGAUCAUUUCCUAUCCAGAUUGUACCAUUGUACUGCCCAGUUGCAGGGUAAAAAAUGUAAUGCAAAACACCUUUGUUUGAAAAGGUUUUGCUGAAUUUGAAUGUAUUAUAUUGUCUGUUUUGUAAAAUAAAAACUAUUUUUACGUAGAAAAGCUAUAGUUUGUGAAUGCAUCGAUAAAUCUUCCAUCUGUAAAAGAGAAAGAGCAGAUAUGUAUUUGACAAAAAUUGGGACUAUUUAGAACUGUUGCUUCAGAGUAUCGUUUAAGGAGCAUAUACGUGGUAAUAGUUCAUUCCACGUCCACCGUUUUGUGCGACACUUUGAAGCAGCUUUUCUUUGGACCUCCAGAAUGUGGUAAGUAAUUUAGAUUAGUACAGUGGUCAAUUAGCGUCCUUUCGGAUAAACUUUAUCAAACUUAUUUCUCUAAAACGAUUUAGGACUGAAUGAUUAGACGUAUUUUUUAUUAGGCUACCUUACACUUCAUGCGACAUUAUCUCUCUACAAUCGCACAAGGACAAUUUGGAGACUGUGGCUCGUAAGAGUGUCUAUAUGUAUAGAAAUUAUAGAGAAACAAUACUAUAACACCAUCGUUUUUUUUUUU